AUGUCGUCCUCGGGAAGCGGCUUCCUGGGCCGCUCCACCAGCAACAACUCCAACAUGCGAGGUCUGGUGCAGUUUAUUGCUGAUUUGAGAAACGCAAGAGCUAGGGAAUUGGAGGAAAAGCGAAUCAACAAGGAGUUGGCCAACAUUCGUCAAAAGUUUAAGGAUGGAAACCUCAGCGGAUACCAUAAGAAGAAAUACGUGUGCAAGCUCCUAUACAUCUAUAUCCUAGGAUGGAACGUCGAUUUUGGUCACCUCGAAGCGGUCAACCUCAUCUCGGCGAACAAGUACUCUGAGAAGCAGAUUGGAUAUCUGGCCAUGACCCUGUUUCUGCACGAGAAGCACGAGUUGCUUCACCUAGUCGUCAACAGCAUACGGAAGGACUUGUUGGAUCAUAAUGAGUUGUUCAACUGCCUGGCUCUCCACGCAAUCGCCAACGUUGGUGGCAGGGAGAUGGGAGAGGCUCUAAGCGGAGAGGUUCACAGGCUUCUGAUUUCGCCGACUUCGAAGGCAUUCGUGAAGAAGAAGGCAUCGCUGACCCUCCUCCGACUGUACCGAAAGAACCCUGAUAUCGUUCAGCCGCAAUGGGCGGAGCGCAUAAUAUCCUUGAUGGACGACGUUGAUAUCGGUGUGGCGCUGUCCAUCACAUCACUCGUCAUGACCCUCGCCCAGGACAACCUUAACCAAUACAGGGGUGCAUAUGCCAAGGCCGCAGCUAGGUUGAAGAGGAUAAUCAUCGAUGGCGAGUAUACUCCGGAUUACCUCUACUACAAGGUCCCGUGUCCCUGGAUCCAGGUCAAGCUUCUCCGCUUGCUGCAAUACUUCCCUCCUUCGGAUGAUACACAUGUGCGGGACAUGAUCCGCGAGUCACUGCAGAAGAUUCUAAAUCUCGCCAUGGAGCAGACCAAAAACGUGCAGCAGAACAACGCGCAAAACGCUGUUCUAUUUGAGGCUAUUAACCUAAUCAUUCAUCUGGACAAUGAGACUGCGCUGCUGAAGCAAAUCUCAUCUCGUCUCGGACGUUUCCUGACCUCAAGAGAAACCAACGUUCGGUACUUGGGAUUAGAAGCGAUGACCCAUCUUGCAGCUCGCAUCGACACUCUAGAGCCGAUCAAGCAGCACCAAGACGUCAUUAUCGGGUCUCUCAAGGACAGAGAUAUCAGUGUGCGAAGGAAAGGUCUCGACCUCCUCUAUAGCAUGUGCGACUCCUCCAAUGCUCAGGUUAUUGUUGGUGAGCUUCUGCACUACCUCCAGAACGCCGACUUUGCCAUCAGGGAGGAAAUGGUGCUCAAGAUUGCCAUCUUGACGGAACGUUACGCCACUGAUGUCCAGUGGUACGUCGACAUUUCACUUCGUCUGAUUGCCAUGGCAGGUGAUCACGUAAGUGAUGAGGUGUGGCAGCGAGUCAUUCAGAUUGUGACGAACAACGAGGAACUGCAAGUUUACGCGGCCCAGCAUUCCCUGCAGUAUGUAAAGUCAGAUCACUGUCACGAGACCCUGGUCAAAAUCGGAGCAUACAUCUUGGGUGAGUUCGGCCAUCUCAUCGCCGACCAGCCCAAGUGCAGCCCCAUUGAGCAGUUCUUGGCUCUCCAGAGCAAGGUGGCUGCCUGCUCGUCGAGCACUAGAGCGAUGAUCCUCUCAUGCUACAUCAAAUUCGUCAACCUCUUCCCCGAAAUCAAGCCUCAGCUUCUGAAGGCUUUCCAAGUCUUUAGCCAUACGCUCGACUCUGAGCUCCAGCAGAGAGCAUGUGAAUACCUGACACUAGCAACUAUGGCGACGGAUGACCUUCUUCGAACUGUAUGCGACGAGAUGCCGCCUUUCCCGGAGAGGCAAUCGGCGCUGCUAGCCAGAGUGCAUCAGAAGCACGCCAACACCAGUGAUAAGAGAACCUGGGUUGUGGGCGGCAAGGAUGCCAACGCAGACGUGGCAGAGCUCAAGAUGGCCAAGGACGGUGGUCUUAAGCGGACAUUUAGCACGAACGGCAAUCCUCCGGCUAAAGGUGCUAAUGGCACGAACGGCCACGGCAAUGGCGCCAACGACUUGGCUGGCUUGGAUAUGUUGAACAUUGGCCCUGCCGAGCCCAAGACGAAGGCACCUAACCUGGCAAGUGCGGCUCACUUGUCUCCCAACUGGGAGGUUGGAUACAACAAGCUGUUGCUCAAGGGCGAGGGUGUUUUGUACGAGGAUGGUCAGAUCCAGGUUGGUGUAAGAUCCGAGUAUAGAGGCCAGAUGGCCUGUCUUAUUCUUUACUUCAAGAACAAGACGCCUACGGCGUUGGGGUCCUUCACCACAACACUCGACCUUGACGAAAGCGAGAAGGGCAAGCUCACGUGGGACGUCAAGAACCUACCGGAAAGCACAGUCUACCAGUCCGGACAAUCGCAGCAGGUUAUCAUGUUCGAGUGUAAGAGGGUUUUCGACAAGAGCCCGACAAUGCGCAUCAGCUACCUCGCCGGCGCCUUGCAGGCUGUCACGCUGAAGCUACCUGUCACCGCUCACAAGUUCAUGGACCCUGCAGAUCUUAGCGCCGAGGACUUCUUCAAGCGUUGGAAGCAGAUCGGUGGAGCCCCGCGUGAGGCACAGCAGAUCUUUGGUUUGUCUCCCGGAAAGGCUACCGACAGGGAGAUUACAGAGUCCUUCGUCCGGCAGACGGUUGACGGCUUCCGGUGGCGCAUUCUCGAUGGCGUCGACCCGAAUGCCAAGAACUUUGUCGGCGCCAGUGUGCUGCAUACUUCUGAAGCGGGCAAGUUUGGAUGCUUGAUGCGUCUUGAGCCGAACUACGGAACUCAGAUGAUCCGUUUGACCAUCCGAGCAACCGACGAGAGCGUUCCCGCUACUCUUAUGAAGAUCAUGCAUGAGCGCCUCUCAGCCGGCUACACGCCGGAAAAGUUCAAGGGUCCGACAGCCGAGGAGAUAGCGGACGCGUUCAGCAGUGUCAUGGUUUCAUAG